UCACUAGAUGCUUCUGCUGAACGUCGUUCCGCAUCCGACGACGUUCGUUCAGUUUCCCUUAUACCUGAAAUUUUCCUUCGUGUUUCGAGUGCCGAGGUAUCAUUGAAUUCGUCGAAAUGGAACGAAAUUCUUUGACGACGCGUCAACGAGCUGGAUGUAAGUGAGGAUGAGACCGUGAAUGCAGUGGUUCGAGAGAAAACGAGCAUUUCGAAGAAGAACGAUGACUUCCACUUCGUCGUCCAGUACUACUUCCCUUUGCAUAAAUGCCAAUGAUACUCGACGAUACUCGAACGACGAUAUCGACAGAUGCGAUUACCAAGAAAUGGAAAACGCCGGCACGGCCCAACUUUUACCCGCGUACAACGGUUCGCGUGGUAAAACGAAAUCUCAAUUCCUCGAGAUUUUACGCGUUGACACAUCUCGUUUUCGCACGAAAGGUGUGAUCAUAAUUGGUAUCGUGGUUGCAGUGAUCCUCAAAAUAAUCAUUGCCGUCGGUCUUUACGCCAUCCAUGACAGUUUAAGAUAUCGCGAAAAUGAAGGGAUUCUAUUUCCACCAGAUCCGGAGAACAACCAGCCACCUUCUUGGAGCAAAUUGAGGGUUUUUAAACGCGGCGCUGUUUGUGCCGAUGGUGCGCCAUGCGCCCUCAUUGGCAAAAAUAUCUUGGAAAGAAAUGGCUCGGCGGUGGAUGCAACGAUCGCCUCUAUGAUCUGCAACGGUCUUGUAAACAUGCAGAGCUUGGGUCUAGGUGGUGGAUUUCUUAUGACGAUUUACGAUAAAGCCGCUGGCCGAGCUUACGUAUUAAACGCAAGAGAUAGAGCUCCGUUAUUAGCGAACGCGACUAUGUACGCUGGUAAACCGGAGCACGUUUCCUCGAUCGGACCCCUUUCCAUUGCCGUGCCCGGUGAAUUGGCCGGUUACGGGGAAGCUCAUCGAAGAUUUGGCAAAUUACCAUGGGCAGAUCUGUUCGAACCAAGUAUAGAACUGUGCGAAAAGGGUUACACGUUAUCCAAGAUCCAGUACGAUGGGUUUGGAUAUAACGAAAAGAAUAUUCACACGGAUCCUACCUUGAAGAGACUAUUCGUCGAUCCGAAAACAAACAAUUUCAUCAAGAUCGGUUCGAUCGUAAAACCGAAAACGCUCUGUGAGACGUUAAGAAUAAUCGCUAAAGAGAAUGCCUCGGUAUUGUACAACGGUACACUCGGUCGGAUGGUCACCGAGGAUUUGCAAAAAAGAGGCAGUAUCAUCACCAUGAAGGAUUUCAAUGCAUAUCGUGCUACGUGGGAGAAACCAAUCGAGGCAGAAUUUUCCAAUGGAAUAAAACUAUUUACCCCGGGAGCACCGGGAAGUGGAAGCUUGCUCGAUUUUAUUCUAAACGUUUUCGAUGGCUUCGGAUUUACGUCGAACAGUCUGUCGGACUUAAACUCAACGAUCCUAACCUAUCACAGAAUGUUAGAAACUUACAAAUACGCCUAUGCCUUGCGAGGUAACAUGGGCGAUAAGGAUUUUGUGGAUAUGACGGAAUUGAACAAUAAUUUAACGUCGAAAGAUUAUGCGAAUCAAAUAAGAAUGAAGAUAGAGGACAGUAAGACUUGGAGCGAUCCGAAACAUUAUGGGGCUUCAUUCGACGUCGGUACCGAGGAUCAUGGGACGGCGCAUCUUUCGGUUAUAGGGCAAAACGGCGAUGCCGUGUCGGUUACCAGCACGAUCAAUUAUUACUUCGGAAGCGGAGUGACGAGCGAGAGAACUGGUAUUCUAUUUAACAAUGCAAUGGACGACUUUGGGAUACCAUCGAAAACGAAUUACUUCGGGGUUCCGCCCAGUCCUAACAAUUAUAUAGAACCUGGAAAACGGCCCAUGUCCUCGAUGGUACCUACCAUCUUGGUCGACGAAAGUGGAAACGUUAAGAUGGUCGUUGGUGCCUCGGGUGGGACUAAAAUCACGACAGCUGUCUCUCAGGUUAUCGCCAAAAUUCUAUGGAUGGGAAAUACGGUUAAGGAGGCCAUCGAUGCCCCAAGAAUACAUCAUCAGCUGUUUCCGGGCGAAGUGGCUUACGAGUAUGGUAUACCCAAACGGGUGAUCGACGGUCUGAAGAAUUUGGGAUACAAAACCUCACGUUAUAGGGAACGCGGUAGCGUGGUAUGCGUAAUAUUUUGCCAUAACGGUACCAUCUAUGCGAAUGCGGACUAUCGAAAGUGUGGCGAUGUUUAUGGGAUCGAUUGAACGAUCUCGGCUGAACGAACAAACUCGCGCAGUACUUUUGUCAUGAAAAAGAGAAAACGCACGAGUCGUUUUCUAAUAAAAUUAUUUACAAUUCCAAUAAAAAGUUUUACACGCUAUCUUCGUUAUCUAUCAUACUCCUGUCGAUCGCUAUUUGUUCCUAUAAAUAUAUCACGAGUUUGAUCCAUUUGAAUUAACAUUGACAUAAGAGACACUUCUUUGACAACAGUUUAUAUACCGAACGCUCGGCAUCGUACAAAUGAAAUUCAAUUGCGACUGUUGUUGUUCCUCCAAUGAGGAUAAAAAAUAAUCGAUAUACCUGUAAGGAAGUUGAUAAAAAUAAAUAUGAGCUGCUGGCGAUGAUGUCCUGUUUCGAAGGAAGAAAAAAAGGAAAAAAAAAAGAGAUGAAAGAAGAAAUACGAAUAACGUUAUGGCUAUUCGACCGGAGACUUUUUUCUUUCUUUUUCUUUUCUUUUUUUUCUGCCGAGUUCGGGAGACACGUCAUUUCUUCGUCUACACCUGCGCCCGAUUCGUUCGUUAACGAUGAAUGCGUGCCAUUUUUGUUUUUUUUUUUGCAUAAGGUCAUAGUAAACGAGGCCGUUUAAUUCCUUCCGACGUCGAUUGCGUCUACUACUUCUGAAUUAGCUCUCCUUCAUAGUAUCUGUCGGUACGAUUGAGAAUUACUUGCGAUUCCUAUGCUUUCGAGAUGCCACGUAAAUUGUAUGAUUUGUAUAUACUUGUAAGACGCACGGUCCGUUUAUCUUGGUCAAACCAGUUUCCGUAGUGUUUAAUCGUUUCACGGUUAAUGUUAUCGUCUUUGUUCCCCGAUCGAUUAACGGUAUUAUUCCCUACACGCAAUCUCUCUGUGUACGUGCACUCUCUCUCUCUCUCUCUCUCUCUCUCUCUCUCUCUCAACACGUCCCUCUCCUUUUAUCUACCAAUCCGUUUUAAUUAUGAUUCACGCAGAGGGAAAUCGCUAUCCUUUCUCGUCUCAGCGAGCAAAUUUACCGCAAAUAAAGUUGAAGAAGAGAGAAGGAGAAAAGUGAUGGACUUUGUAUACCGAUCGUCGCCGUUGUCAGGAGUUUUGCAAAGAUAGUAAUUUAGCCCGUACACGAGGAUUAAGAUACGACUCGAAGUACUUUGGCCUUGGGCUUAAAAACGGGAAUUGCGUUGUGACACUCUCUUAUCUCGAUCUUUCAAUGUAAAUAAUAAUAUUAUUAUAGUAUCGUUCGCGCGUGUCGAUUAGUCAUGCCAUUGCUGAAAUAUAACAAAUGUCUUUUACGCACCUUUCAUGUGUAAUUUAUACUAUACGUAUGGUCAAGGAUCUUGGGCAUAUUUCCACGCGACAGAAGUUAAUUAGUAAAUCUUCUCUCAUCCUCGGUGCUUCCUUUCGAAUGAUUUGCAUGAUAAUCGAAAUUAAUUGUAUUAUCUUAACAUUAUAUGGCAAUGAACUAAACGCAUAUGUAUACCUCGUUAAAUAAUGUCACAUCUGGAGAAAUAUUUUUACGAUAGUCAUUAUUCAAAAUGAGUUAACGCCGUUCGAUAAAAUUAUAAUAACUAUUUGCCAAUUCUUUUCGUCGGCUCAACGAUCGUUACAUUAUAAUUCCAUUUUAUAAUAUAACCUCGAACGUGUUUGACAAAAAUUUGCGUUCCACCGGAAGUCUAUCAAUUCAAAGAGCCGCGUAAAUUCAAACCAUGGGCGGGAAGGAGGAACGAUCGAUGAUGAGUUGCAGUAGCGCCCGGAUAUUUUCCAAUUCGUAACGUGUUACAUACAAUCUAUUUUUGUGUUCUUUCUUUUUAAUAAUUCUUUUCGUUCGUGUCCAAACGACAUUGGGAUAUUUCUACGCUAUACCUAUAUCGAAUUUCGUUGAACGAUUUCUACGAGAAAAUCAAACGAAAAAGAAAUAAAAAUUAUGGUCUAUUUUUCGUUAUAUUCUCAAUGAGAACGAAUAAAGCUCGAACGUAUUAUCGAACGUUCGUAAUUAUCUUCGUACGACGAUUAUUGAAUCGAUAGGAAAGCUUAUGUAUAGUGAUGCAACAUUUACGUAUUACUACGGAUAACAAGAAAUAUUUGUAGAAGAGACUUCGUAUUCUAGAAUUUUCCCCGCGUAAUGGAAUAAGAUACGUGUGGGAUACGUAUUGUACUUUCGAUAAGGAUAAAAGAAUCUCGACGCGUAACUUACUAAUGUUUCUCAAAUAAUCGUACUUGAUAAAGUGGAAAAAAGAAAUUAUAUAUAGGAUUAUAGGUUUUCCUAUAAUCGAACGAAUAUACCAUCUUUUUUGACAAGAUCGCAAAAAAAGAAAAGGGAACAUACGUGUAUAUGCGAAAUACGAUAUUGCAUAUAGGAUGAUAAAUAUCGCUACGUAUCCGUGCGGUAACAUCAGCGGCACUAGCGCACCUAUUCUCUCCGAAUUGUACGCGAAUAAAAAGUAUCGAGAAAUUUUCUUUUCCUAAUUAAACCGAUUAAAUCUCUCCCAACACACGCACACGCACGCACGCACGCACACACACACACACACACACACACACUCGCUCUCUCGUUUUUUCACGUAAAUCCACGUUAGCGAUUCUUCAGGCGAACACGAUAAGCGAAAGAAUCUAGUCUCUAGUCUAGUUUACGAUGAAAAUGACGAAAAAGAGAUAAAAUGACAGGGCUUUGUUAUGACGUUAUACGUUACUGCGAAUCACGCAUGCGCAAAGCCGUUCUAGCGUAUCCUAUAAAAGAGGUGCUCGCAAGAACGUCAUAGAAAUUAGUAUCGAAUCGAGCGUAGACUCGGUACGAUCAACGCAUAAGACGGUGGAAUUUUUUUUCUCCAGUCUCCCUCUCUCUCUCUCUCUCUCCUUGAAGUCUCCGCUAUUACGCACUUUUCAAAGUCUCUUUUGUGUGAUACAACAAAAGCAGAAACUAUGUCCGAUAACUACUACGUCGACGAAUACGAGCACUUCAAUUACGAUUACGACAAGCACAUUUUCACCGGUCACGGUGG